UUUUGACAGGAUCACUGCCUUACGAACGCCGGAAGUCCGAGGUUUCAUGCUUGAAGUCGCGCCUUUGAUUUCUUUAGCUUUAGCAUAGAAAGGAGUUAUCAAAAUCUUCCGCUUUGCAGUAAAACGUGUGAUGUUUUAGUUUAGUCGAAACGUCUCGAUCAAUUUGUUCCGAGUCAAAUGCAUGUUUUGUGCAUGUUCUGAAAAUGACAAGGGAAGAAUCUGCGCGGCACAUAAAGUCGUUGCUUGUGCACUUGCUUCGCCAGCGACGAGAGUACAUAAACAAUGCACUCGUACAGAGGCGGAAUGAAAUAAACAGGCGAAUCAGGCACAGAAAAUUCCUUUUACAGAGAAUGAAAAGGAUGCGCAUGAUGGCCUCAAGAGCGCACACGCGGCCCUGGAGCAUCACGGAGAGCACGGACUGGUGGGAGCGGGUGGUGAUGAAGGAGUUCCAGCCGCGCGACUGGCUGGAGAAGUUCCGCAUGAGCAAGGACACGUUCUUCGCCCUGUGCGGCAAGCUGCAGCCGCGCCUGACGCGGAUGAACACCAACUUCCGGCAGGCGCUGCCGCUGGAGAAGCGCGUGGCGGUGGCGCUGUGGCGGCUGGCCACCAACGUGGAGUACCGCACCAUCAGCGCGCUGUUCGGCGUGGGCUGCUCCACGGUGGGGCAGUGCGUGCGGGAGGUGUGCCACGCCGUGGUGCUGCUGCUGAAGCCCGUGUACCUGCAGCAGCCCAGCGAGCAGGAGCUGGACGAGGCGGUGCGCCUCUUCAGCAUGCGCUGGGGGUUCCCGCACUGCGUCGGGGUGCUGGACAGCCUGCACAUCCCCAUCAUGACACCGCCCAGCAAGGCCACGCACUGCUGCAACCGCAACGGCUGGCACUCGGUGGUGCUGCAGGGCGUGGUCAACGGGCUGGGCCAGUUCUGGGACGUGUGCGCGGGCUUCCCGGGGAGCACGGAGGACGUGAGCAUCCUGCAGAGCUCCACCCUGUGGACCAUGGCCAGCGAGGGCCGGCUGUCGCCGCAGCCGCCGCGAAACGUCCUGGGCCAGCCCAUGGGCUACCUUCUGCUGGGCGACGCCGCCUACCCGCUGCAGAGCUGGCUGCUCAAGUGCUACCCGGAGUCGGGUCAGCUGACGCCCCGCCAGCGCCGCUUCAACUACCACCUGCGCCACGCCCGCUCGGUGGUGGAGGUGGCGUUCCAGCGGCUGCGCGCCCGCUGGCAGUGCCUGCACCGGCGCAACGACUGCCGGCUGGACCUGGUGCCCACCAUGGUGCUGGCCUGCUGCAUCCUGCACAACAUGUGCGAGGUGCACGGCGACGCCUUCGUGGAGGAGUGGGCGGACGACGUGAGCCAGGCCGAGUGCGUGCAGCCGUGCGACGCGCUGCCCGCCUACAUGGACGACCCCAACGCCGAGCGGGUGCGCUCGCUGCUCUGCGACUACUUCUGCCAGCAGCAGCAGCAGGAGGGCGGCGGGCACAUCCCCGAACACCUCCCCUACCGCUCCGUCGCCUCCUUCCUCCACGUGGCGGAGACCACCGCCGCGGCGGAGCUGCUGACCCUGCUUUAGACCCGCGGCGGCCCGACCCUGUCCCCGGAGAUCUGCCGACCCCGUUUUUGGGUUUGUCAUCCCAAUCCUAAUAAAAGCACACCUCAUUCAGCAGAUAAAGCAGGGCUGCCCGACCCUGCUCCUAGGGAUAUACUGUUCCUGUAGGUUUUCAUUUCAACCCUACUUUGGCGACAUAGCUCAGGAGGUAAGACCGAUUGUCUGGCAGUCGGAGGGUUGCCAGUUCAAACCCCGCCCUGGGUGUGUCGAAGUGUCCUUGAGCAAGACACCUAACCCCUAACUGCUCUGGCGAAUGAGAGGCAUCAAUUGUAAAGCGCUUUGGAUAAAAGCGCUAUAUAAAUGCAGUCCAUUUACCAUUUACACCUGACUCUUACUGAUUAGCAGCUCGACCAAUAUCUCUGGCUGUUCAAUGAGGUGCGCUUUUUUUUAGGGUUGGAAUGAAAACAGGCAGGAAGACAGUAGAUCUCCAGGAGCAGGGUUGGGCAGCCACGAAUGAGGUGUGGCUUUGUUAGGGUUGGAGUGAAAACCUACAGGACAGUAGAUCUCCAGGAACAGGGCUGGAUACCACUUCUUAAGAUCCUGAGCCCCCCCCCCCCACCACGUGUGUUAGUUGUGAUUACAGCCAUUCUGUCCGUCAAUGAAACCUGUUAGAAAAAAAUAUGCUUGGGUUCUCUAGUAAUGUUUUUCCUGAAACCAGAUAGCACAAUACAGAUUUGCCCGAUACCCAUUUUCUUUGUCUUUCAACAGUUUUUCUUUCUUUCUUUUUUUUCCACAAAUGCCUUGGAUUCAGUUUACGCUUCCAGCUGUAAGGAUCCCACUGAUUAUGCCUGUCAGCCUCUGAUUUGCUCAGCUUAAAGACUGGGAACUCUUUUUGUACAGGUAGCGUCUGCCACCCUACACAUUCUAAGAAUGAAAGCAUUAGCUGCUCUUGACUGAUUAAAAAUGUGCAUGUUGGUUUUUUGUGAUUUCCUCUCGAUCAACAACCAGUUUAGGCCUUGGAAACGAGGUGUGUGGACUCUUUAGCCGGCCAGUGACUUAAAUUAAGUGCUCAGCUGCUGAAAUGCACCAAAAAAAGACCAUCAGAUACUGAGGCCAUCCAGGACUGGAGUAUGAUAUUCUUGCUCUAACAUGUCCUCUCUGUCUACAUUUGUAUCUUAUGAUGACUUAUCACAACUACCAAUUCCUGACUUGAAUGCGUGAACAUGAAUAAAUAAUGGAGACAGUCCAUUUUUUAUUUUUUUUCAUA